AUGUCGGAAACAAAUUCCAAACGCGGCAAAAUCGCGAGCCUGGCGUGCAUUCAAUGCCGAAAGCGCAGGUGUCGUUGCGAUGGUGGUCAGCCUGCUUGUGCUCAGUGCCAGAGAAGAGGCCAAGAGGGUAAUUGUGUGUACUCAGCAACAGGAGACCGGAGAAAAAGAUCACAGAAGGUGUUUGAUGAGGCUAUGGAGCGAAUGGCAAGGCUUGAAGAAACACUUCGCGAGAUAGCAAAAGGCACUGAAGCUUCUUCAUAUCUGGUGGAACAUCUUCAAAAUGACCAUACUUUUCUCGAGUCGCUUUUGCGAGGCCCCCAGAGAAGCGAGAUAACCAACAAUUCAAGUCAAGGUGAUACUGCUGAGAUUGAACUAGAGUCCAAGUCUUUGACAGUCGAUGCUGAGGGCAAAAUCCACUUCUAUGGAGAUACAUCCAAUGUUUUGAGAAUACGACAGCAGACUACAUCUAAAGCAGUGCCUCCUGCUGUUUCAAGUCUAACGGUCGAAGCAGUGCAGAUUAUGAACCCUCAUAUUGAUCCUGUGAUAGCUGAGCUUCUGGAGUUGUACUUCUGUUGGCAGCACUCAUACUACAACAUAUUCGAUAAAAAGCUGUUUCUGAGGGACAUGAACACAGAGGGCAGUUUUUGCUCUAAAUUUUUGCUCAACGCAUUGUUAUCACAUGCUGCUCAUCUUUCAGACAGGCCUGAACUGCGGCUAGAAGCGGGUGAUCCUUCUACUGCUGGUCAUUAUUUUUACAACGAGGCAUUGAGAUUGCUAGAUGAUGAGCUAGAAAACAGAUCACUUACCACUGUUCAAGGUCUGUUGCUGCUGGCAAGCAAAGAGGCUGGUGUUGGAAAGAGUAGCAUUGGAUGGGUUCAUUCCGGAAUGGCAUUUCGUAUGGCUGUUGAUCUCGGGUUACAUUUGGAUAGUGCAAAGCUGAAAGAGUCUGGACUGGUGUCAGAGGAGGAGAUUGCCGUUCGAAAUGCAACUUUCUGGGGUUGCUAUUUGUUUGAUCAAGGCUGGAGCGCUUACCUUGGUCGGCCAUCUGUAAUCAGAAUCCACGAUGUUGGUUUGGCGCUUCCACAAUACCAUUCAGAGCCUUCUACGAAGUGGGUGCCCUUCUGUCCUCACACCGAUAUUCCAGUCAUUCCGAUUAAUUUUUAUCCCGAGAACACACUGGUAGCAAUUUUGAAGCUUUACCUUAUUUUGGAAACGGUUAUGACAAAAUUGGAUGCAUUCAGGGGAAAGAAGACAACCACCAGCAAGAACAGAAUGAGACAGGAUUACAAAGAGUUUCUUCAAUCAUCUUACGAGCAAUUACGGCUAUGGGAACGAAACUUACCUGCAUACUUACGAGACACGCCUUCAAUGACACAUCCUGCACUUUUGAUGAUCCACACGAUGUACCAUGCAACUCUAAUCUUUCUGUUCAGACCAUUUCUCAAGGUAAGCGCUAACUCGCACUGGCCAACAAACUCGGUGCCGAAUCCCGUUCAAAGAUGCCAAACCAGCGCCAGAAAGAUCCUUGAGUUAAUGAGAAAGUAUAAGGAUCUUUACCGCUUACGAAGAAUCCUCAAUCUUGCUACCUAUGUGACAUCUACUGCAUCCACGGUGUUCUUGGCUCUUGCCGCUAUCCAGAAAAACUCGGGAAGCCAUGAGCCCUCACAAGAAUCCGAGCUGGCUAGCUGUCUUGAGUUUCUAAGUGAUGUCAGCGUUUCGUGGUUUGAGGCGAUUGCCGUUCACGAUGAACUGGAGGCCCAAAUCAGUUCCUUCCAUGAGAGAGAGCAAACGGCUGAGGAAGAAAAUAGAAAUGAGACAUCAUACGAAGCCUUGUCUACUUUUUGGAUCCCUAAUUUUGACGAGUUUUUAGUGGAGUUUGAUGAGGGAGAGGAUUGGAGCAUGUUUGCAUAA